UCAAGUAACUACUCCUGUUUUGAAAUACGAUUCAGUAAACUUGUUUGAAGCAGCUCAGCUCGAGUAGUUCACAACAAAACAACAAAUUCAAUCAAGCUCAUGUCAAAUAUAAAUCUGUCGUAAACAAUUUUUAAAAGAAGAGAAUAUAGUUUUGUAUAGAAUUUGGGAAACAUUGUUUAGUUAUCUUGAAGACGAAUGUCCAUUUCUAUCAUAGAAAUCUAAUAUAACACAAAAUGAUUACGUAUAGCUCAUGACUCAAGUUACACAACUUGAUAGUUAUCGGAAACGUAAAAUUUGAAAAACCACUGAACCAGACACGUACGAGGUACCUCCAAUGUGGGUGCCACUUCUCGCUUCCGUUCUCAUCGUGCUGCAUCAGGUGCCCUCGACCGCCAGCCUGUUUGACGCCUUUCAAGACCAAUUGGUAACGUAUCUGCGUCCUGACGAGCCGCACAUCCAGGAUGGCCAGACGCUCCUUAAAAUGCUGUACGUCCAGAACCGCGUCCAUGUCUACUGUCAGCGCCCCGUAGCCCUAACUGUGUGGAACGUGUUCCGGAGCAGCCGCUUGCACCUGCAGAUCGCCGCUGGUGCAGAGUACAGUCAGUAUAAAGGGGCCACCGUGCAGGAAGUCUACCAGGCACAUGACAAGCGAACAGAGUGCUACGAGGGAAAACCGCUGGGGCUUUCGGCUGAGGAGCACCGAAUGGUCACGCUGGCCGCCCACAGCCACGGCUGUUAUGGCAUCUACACGGACCACCCGUUCGUCCUCACGCUGAAAGUCGUCCGCUGCGACCUUGAGCGGGUGGCGCAGUUUACCUUCGGCUUCGUCUUGUGGCUGAGCUGCCCGCACCUGGCGGACUCGCUGCUCUGUCUCUACUGCUCGGCUGCGGCCUUGGGCGCCCAUCUGGCGGGCGUGGUCGUGGUCGGAAUUGCCCUAUUGGCAUCUGGCGGUGGACGACCCCUGCGACUGAGUCCGCUCAAGGGGAACUUUAAGCAGGUACUCGAAGAGAAGCCUACUGUGAUGGUCCUGGCGUUGGUGGGUGGUGCCUGGGCGCUCCAGUCCACCUGCCAGAGAUUCAGUUCCCUGUGGCGGCGCCCUCUGCUGCGCUGCCUUCACCGCCGCCUGCUGAGGAUCACCGCCUACUGGCUGAUCCUCACUGCCUCCGAUCACAGGGGCUUCGGAUGGGUCUGCCUUACGGUGAUGCUGCCCUGGCCGGAACUCUGGUGGCUACUGCGCUGGCUGAGGACCCAAUACGUUCGCCACCAACGACGGUUUGUGCCCCCAAAAGCUAGCUCGCUGCUCAGCGAGGAGGAGGAGCUGCGAGCUGAAGGGGAUUUGCGCGACACUGUGCGCCAGCAGCCGCAGCAAUUUGCCAGGUUUCUGAGCGGUGGCAGUCACUUGGGCGACCCUCGCUCUGAUUUUCACCAAAUUUUAUCACAAAGAAAAAGAUGUCAUGGUCCUGACCAUUGUUCAACCCAAGGAAAUAGAAGUUUAAACAGCUCGAAGAUUCGUCGUCGACUUGAGGAGCGGGAGCGUCUGGGCGAGGAGAAUAACAGGGCCUCUAACUGUGAGUGCUGCACCGUUUCAAAUAUUCUCAGUCGAUCCUCCACGUGGAACUGCCUCAACAGACGCCUUCGGUUGACGCUUAACAGAAACAGGAAGGAGUGUCCAGAGACUUUUUCCUCCUCCAGGAGUUCGAUGAACAUUUUAUACCGCAACCCAAACUUUGCAAGCACCACGGGCAGCCUUGACGAUCAUUAAGCUUAGCGAAACCUAUUUUAACACAUUAGAAUGGAAUUCAAAGGGAGGCAGGCCACUAAGGCCUGAGAAUGUAUCCUUUUUGGGGAAGUCGGUGGAUACCGAAGAGGCAUGCAAAAACAAGUAAAAAAAAAAUGCAUAGCAGGCCAAGACUAAUUCCAAGAUUUCGGUGCAUUUAAGCGGGCAGAUCAUGUGAACCUACAAAAAAAAACUUAUAAAUGAGAAUAGACAACAGACUGGAAAAAAAUAAAAAAAAACGUUUCUAUAGGUUUUAAAUGUUUAUAUGUUUAAAUUUAAAUGGUUAUUUACUAAAUGUCAAACUUUUGAAGUUGUAAACACACUAAAUCGAAUCAAAAAUAAUACCUACUUCCACGAUUAAACGACCAACAGAUGGAUUAAAAAGA